UGCGCGUUUUGGACCUUGUUUUUGCCUAAAUCCAAAAGGCAGCUUUUAUCAAAAAGUUACGUUUUGGACUGUGCCAAACGCCAUUUUUCUACCGCUUUUUCUUAUAUGCGCGUUUUCAGCUCCUAAAAGGGCAAACAAACGCACACUUACUCUUCUUCAGUUCUUCCACAAACAAACAAACUAGGGUUUUAGGGUUUUCUUACACUCUUCAAAACAGGCUUCAAUGGCGGAAUCGAUUUGCAGAGCACUCCGAGACGGUGCGUUGCAAGGAGAACACGCACCGGCUCUAACCAUCAAGGACUCCAUUGCCUCACCUUACGGUUUCCACGUCUUCACUCACCUCCUCACCCAGCUUUCCACCAACAUUUUGGCGGCAAAAUCCCAAUCACGUGGUCUCGUGCUUGUCGCUUUCUCUCGAAGCCCGUCGUUUUACUUGGAUUUGUUGAAUAGGAAAGGCAUCGAUGUAGCUUCGUCCCAAAAAUGGAUUGGGAUUUUGGAUUGUUAUACGGAUCCUCUUGGUUGGAAGGAUGCCCUUUUGGCGUCUGGAAAUGGUGGGAGUCUCUCUAACGAAGCUUCGACUGGAGCUAGUUUGUGUAGGAAUGUGAAGGAUAUGGACAAGUUGUACUCUUCAAUUACCGAGCUGGGGAAAGGAAUAGUUGGACAAGGCAAAGUUCGUUUUUGUGUUGCCAUAGACUCAGUUAAUGAAAUCUUAAGACAUGCAUCUAUAUCAUCAGUUGCAGGCCUUUUAAGUAACCUUCGAAGCAAUGAUGGAGUUUCGAGCAUCUUUUGGUUGUCACAUUCAGACCUUCAUGAAGACAGGGUUACUGCCGUUCUUGAGUAUAUGUCCUCGAUGGUGGCCAGUAUAGAACCGCUAAAUCAAUCUGCAAAUGGGCAUAGAUGUAAUUGGGAGAGCCUCCCUUUACUCGAACGUAAUUAUUGGAAAGGGAAGUUUCACGUCCGGUUUAAGCGCAGAAAUGGUCGUGUUCAAGUGAUGUCUGAAGAAUUUCAUGUUGAGCAAUCAGCCAUCAACUUUAGAUCCAUUUCAUCCAAAGAUGAAAUAGUCAAUCGAAGCCUUUUGCCAAAGAUGCAAUUCAAUUUACAGCUGUCAGAGAAGGAGCAAAUUGAUAGGGCUAAGGUUGUACUUCCUUUUGAACACCAGGGAACUGGUAAACCCAUUCAAAUUUAUGAUGGUCGGAGAUCACUUACGGAUGGCAAUAGUGAAGCAGAACCUGUUUCUACUGGAAUAUUGCAGACAAAUGAGAACUCUAGCAAGGGUGAGAUAAUAUAUUUGCGUGAUUCAGAUGAUGAGAGACCAGAUUCUGAUGAGGACCCAGAUGAUGAUUUGGAUAUAUAAUUGUGUGUGCCUCAUUCGUGAUCUUGGACUGCCAGAGUACUGCAUUUUUGAUGCUUAUGGCUGCCAGAUUGGGUGGACAAGGCAAAGACCGGGUGCUAGAUAUGCUCAAUGAAACCCUGCUGCCUUGAGUGGAGGAUGUCCUAGUUCACCUAGACUUUCGAGGAUGUGAUAAUAGCGGUCUAAAAUAUGCGUGGAAGAGAAGCUAUUCUUUGGUGAAGAUAUGUGAUGAACGUUACUCAGAGGGGAUUCGUAUGUAACUGUUGUGUGAUUCGUUUCAAGUUUAUUCAUGAGUCAUGAUCAUGAAAUGAAAUUAUAAUCAGGGGAUUGUAUUUACAUUUUGUUAUUUGGAGCUUGUUAUGAAAAUAUAUCUUGUUGUUA